AUGUCCCAGGGCCCUUUUUUGCGCCCUUCGACAUGUCUGCACGAUGUCCAUGUCAACCCAUCAUGGAAGGGUGGUACAACAGUCUCUAGUACGGUUAUCAGAAAUAUCACCGCUCUAUCAAGCCAGCUAGCCUACUCGGCACACUUCGUGGGAAACACUGUCACCUUGUCUAAUAGGUACGCCAUUCUUUCGAAUGGCGCCAUCUCAGGCUUGCUCUUUGUCCCCGAUCUCCGUACCAACGAUGCCUGCAACCGAGAGACAGCGUCACAUGUCCCUUUGAAUGUUGCAAGGCAGGCCGAUUUGCCGCCAAUGAACUACCAUUUGAUCGCCAUUGCGCCCUGGGUCAGCGGCCGCUGUGCGGAAGCGUAUAUGAACGCCGCUCGAUCUACCCCAGUUCGAGCCUUUCUCUUCUACCAAGCCGGCUCAGGGUCCGCGUUGCCACCACCUUCUGAUGCUGUCGACUGGCAGAUCGACAGCACAACAGAUUGGAUGGGACAAAGCAGUUGGCCCGUCUACGCCGUCUCCGGUAUGGUCGGCGAGGUUCUAAUGCAACAUCUAAGCCUAUACUCAGGCAAUGUCACAGAAGCGCCGUUCGGGAGCAACAUCACCGACCGAUUUCUGGCCGACCCCGAGGACUACCUCCGAAUAUGGACCGAACUCGACGUGGGCACCUCACCCUCAGGCUUUGAAACUUGGGUCUACUUUCUCAUCAUCCUCGCCGUGUUUCUUGCUGUCAUCACGACGACGUCACUCCUCAUGCACUUUGUCCAGGCGUGGCGACGCGUGGGGCUACGACGCAGAGUUGCUGCGGGGGAUGUAAAUCUAGAGGCCAUGGGGAUCACCCGUCUCACAGUACCAAGGAGCCACAUCCAGCAAUACCCACUCUACACCUAUCACUACGAGCCAGAAGCAGCGAGCCCUCCAAUAAUACCAGGCUCACCUGGGCCCGCCCGCACUCGAUCAAGGACUCUCAGCGGAGAUUUGGCAAAAAGCUCUGCCGCAAGCCGGGCCGCACGGUCUGCUACCGUCUCGGAGCUCGGCCUUAGCAGUCCUUUCACCGCAUCCACAGCUGCGACCGACUACCAACCUACUUGCGAGAUUUGCCUGGAGCCUUACGAGAACCGAGUAACCGUCAUUCGUGAACUCCCGUGCGGCCACAUUUUCCACCCGGACUGCAUUGAUCAGUUCCUCGGUGCGAAUAGCUCGCUCUGUCCUGUUUGCAAAGCAAGCAUGUUACCCCCAGGGUACACUCCUAGAAUUACCAACGCCAUGGUACGCCGGGAGCGUGCCAUCCGACGGCUACGCGGCCAGGUGGAAGUGCAAGAAGACGGUGAUUUCGUAGGAUCCGGGGGACCACGAGGCCGCUGGGCGGCGACGAGAAACCGGUUGUUCGGUCGAAACAAGGACAAACCGAGCUUGAACUCAAUAGACUCAACCGAACUCCAAGAAACCCGGCCGGUGUCCAAGCCGAGCGAGCGACAGAAACGGCGGGGGAGUCGUCCGACUGAGCCUCAAAGUCAAGAACCAACGAAUACCCUGGCCGAGGGACGUAUGCGCGAGUUGGCCGGGUUCGAGCCGGAUUUUGACAACACCGGCUCAACACGAUGGCAACGGAUGCGUACGAGGAUCUUCCCGGGCUUUUCUUGA